GAGGAAUUUUCCAAUGUUUUUCUGUCCCCUCUGUUUUCCAGUCCGAAGAAGAAGCGGCAGAAGGAGAGAAGGAAUUGGAAGUUUUGAAGAAAAGCGCAGAUUGGGUGUCAGAUUGGUCGAGUAGACCUGAAAAUAUUCCUCCCAAGGAAUUCCAUUUCAGACAUCCCAAACGUUCAGUGUCUCUAAGUAUGAGGAAAAGCGGAGCGAUGAAAAAAGGUGGAAUUUUCUCUGCAGAAUUUCUUAAGGUUUUCAUUCCAUCUCUGUUCAUAUCUCACGUUUUGGCUCUGGGAUUAGGCAUCUACAUCGGCAANAAAUGA